CUUUUUAUUUUUGAAAUGUUUUUCCUUCUCAUACCUUCUCGAUAUGGUCCUUGUUUCCAGAUGUUCUUUCAUGCUAAUAAAGCAAUCUCUGUCAAUGAGGCUGAUUUUUGGGAGAUGAGCUAUCUGUUUCGAAGAAUGCAGUAUCAAAAGCUUGAUAUUGCUGGUGAUAGGAAAGGCAUGACUGGAAGAGAAUCCGUUUCUGUGUCUACGUCUGUGAAAGGAAAAGAACAGAACAGCACAGAUGUUAAAGUCUGUCCUUUUUUUAUCAAGGAAAUAGCAGUGGCUAUUGUUUCUGCUGGAAAAUCAUUGCAGUUGAUCCGGCAUGCUCCGACUAUGUUUUCUCUGGCACCUGGAAGAAGGGUUAACAUUGAAAUUGUUGAUUGUGGGAAUUUCAAUGAUAAUUAUGACUUUAGCAAGGCUCGUGACUGGCAGAGCAUUGCUGGGUUAACCUUGUCAGAGGUCUUCUGUGUAUCAUUAGCAGCUCUUAUUGGGCAUGGUGAUCAUAUCUCUAAAUAUUUUUGUCAAGAUGAGCCAUUAAACUCUAAAAUUGCCCCCUUGUUUCGACCCUUCAUUGGAAAACAGAAGCUUGGUGGAAAGGGCGGUGACAUCCCACUUCCAACUUGCUCAGAGAAGGUUUGGUCUAAGUUCUUGGUUGAUAUGUGGUGUCUCAAGGGAGAGAUUGAGGCAACUGACUUUCUCAACAAGGAGCAAAAGAAUAUUGCUUCAGGUGAUACAGUCAAUGACUUUGACCUUAUGAAAUCAUUCUGUCCAGAAAAUCCAGUCACCACUGUCUGCCAUAGCUCCCUGAAUGAGAAUGAGGAUAUCUGGAGUGCAUUGAACUUGUCCAAGAAAUGCUAUAUUCCACCUCUUGAUGAUGAAGGCUUAAGAAAUGCUAUAUUCAGUGGGAAACACGAACCCAAUCGUUUUGCUAAAGGAACAAAUUAUACCUUUGGUUUCCAGUUUGCUCAAUCUGAGUAUCUUCGCUCACAGGAUAAAACGAAGCUGUUGGAAGAAAUAUUCCCUUUUCCAACUCUUCUUCCUUCUUUUCAGGAAAAACUUUUUAUGUCCGAAUUCUUACCUUUCCAGAAGAACAGCACUCUUCCAUCAAGAGUUCUUAGCUGGGUUCUAAGUGUUGAGCCAAAAGUUUGUCCACUUUCUGUGGUUAUUCUUCAGGAAUGCCUUAUUGUGUACAUGAAGAAGAAGAUUGAUUACAUCGGCAGGAAUAUAUUGUCAAAGUUACUUAUUGAAUGGAGGCUGAUGGAUGAGCUGGGAGUUUUACGUGCUAUCUACUUGUUAGGCUCAGGUGAUCUCUUGCAGCACUUCUUAUGUGUGAUUUUUGACAAGCUGGAUAAGGGAGAAUCUUGGGAUGAUGAUUUUGAGUUGAACAUGAUAUUACAGGAAUCAAUUGCAAACUCUGCUGAUGGAAUGCUACUGAGUGCACCAGAUGCUUUAGUUGUGUCUAUCACUGAAAGUCAUGGUUUCAGUAGUGAUGAGCAACAUGAUGCAGCUAUCAUUCUUUCAAAUCGUAAAAAUUAUGGGCGGAGCUUUGGAAUUGAUGGUCUUGAUUCACUGAAAUUCACAUACAAGGUAUCUUGGCCUCUUGAACUUAUUGCUAAUUUGGAAGCCAUCAGAAAAUAUAACCAGGUGAUGUGUUUCUUGCUGAAGGUCAAGCGUGCCAAAUUUGCACUUGACAAGGCCCGGAGGUGGAUGUGGAAGGGUAGAGGUACUCCAACAAUCAACAGCAAGCAUCACUGGUUAGUGGAGCAAAAACUUCUUCAUUUUGUGGAUGCUUUUCACCAGUACGUGAUGGACAGAGUAAGAUCCCUCCAACCCAAGUGCAUGUCUUAUAAGAUGGUUUACAUGGUUGUUUACUGUGAACUUGGAGAAGAGUGUUGCAUUUAAAUGUAGAGUAAAUUA